GUUCAAGAACCUUCUGAAAAUCAGACUAGAGUACAACAAAAAUUAAUUAGAAAUGGAAAAGGAAGAAUAUUUAGAGACAUGACAUAUUCACUUGGUGAACCAACUAGAAUAAUUAUAGAUACUAUUGAAAAACCAAGUGCAGUUUUAAGAGAUGAAUUUAGAGAAUUAUAUAAAUUAAAUCCAUUUCGAUUAGAAAAUUUUAAAUAUAUACAAG